UUUUGUACUUCAUUCAUCAAAGCUCGAACGGAGUACAUUAAUACGGUACUACAUAUCGGUGAAGACGAGUCAGCUCAGAAGAUAAGAUAAUUAACAUGUGAUCUUUUGACUUUGAUAUUAUAUUAUUAAUUAUGUAUUAAAAAAAAUUAGAUGAUUAAUUAUCUGAAGCCACUAGGUGUAGAAUUUUUUCUAGAACGCCUGCAAAAUGAACUUCAGUACUAAUGUCUGAGUAUUUAUGCAUGAUUCAUGCCUUUUUCCUCGAUUUCACACGAUGACGUGUAACGGUCAUUACAUAAUAUAUAUAUAUACAUGGAGUGCCUUGAACACAUACCAUCACAGAAUAUCUGAUCUACAACAAUUCUUCUGAACUUGAAAGAAAAGAUAUAUUCCAUCAUCAAGCGAAGAUGAAAUUCCGUGCAGCAUGGCAGAUAUUAUUCCUCUCGAUAUUUGUAGGGUAUAUGUUCUUAUGGGCUAUGCUGCCUACGAAAACUUACAAGAAUAUAUGGACUCCCAAAUUUACUAAACACCUCAAAUCCACAUACUUUCUUGAACAAUCGACGAAUCUUCUCCUAUUUAGCUUUCCUCUUAUGCUCGUUGCUGCUUUGGGAUGUGUUUAUCUACAUCUGCAAAAGAAAUCCGAUUCCGAGAGUAGUAAGAGCCAUUUCGAUUUUCUGAGACGACCGGCGGUGGUAAUGGCCCCACUCGGGAUCGUCAGUGUGCUCGAGCUUGCAUUUGCCGCCAUGUUUGUAGCACUCCUAAUAUGGUCCCUUGCUAAUUAUUUGUAUGUCAGCUUUGAGCAUCUCCAUAUGCAUACACCUGGCGAAACAGUGCGGCAAGCAAAGUUUCGUAGCGUAUCACUAAGGCUAGGAUACAUCGGAAACACAUGCAUGGCGUUCUUGUUUUUCCCCGUCACACGAGGAUCUUCGAUCUUGCCUCUGAUCGGCUUGAAAUCGGAAUCUAGCAUCAAAUACCAUAUUUGGCUCGGACAUAUCUCGACUGUCCUUUUCGCUAUCCACAGUAUAGGAUUCGUUAUCUAUUGGUGGGCGAUGACCGAUCAAAUGAUCUUGAUGGUAGAAUGGAGCAGCACUUAUUUAUCGAACCUAGCUGGAGUAAUCGCAUUCGUAAUAUCAUUAGUGAUGUGGGGAACGAGCUUCGACCGUGUUAGAAGAAAAAUGUUCGAACUUUUCUUCUAUUCUCAUCAUCUGUACAUUCUGUAUGUAUUCUUCUACAUGUUUCAUGUUGGAGUGGCAUAUCUUUGCUUGAUUCUACCGGGAAUCUUUCUCUUCAUUAUCGAUCGAUACUUAAGAUUCCUUCAAUCGAGACACAGUACUAGACUAGUUUCGACUCGUCUUUUACCUAACUCCACUAUGGAACUAACCUUCGCCAAGAAUCCAGGGUUGGUGUAUAAUCCAACUAGUACGUUGUUUGUGCACGUUCCGAGCGUAUGCAGAUUGCAGUGGCAUCCGUUUACGGUAAGUUCGAGUAGUAACUUGGAUACCGAUAAGCUAAGUGUUGUAAUAAAACGUCAGGGAAGUUGGACACAAAAGCUCCACAAACAGCUUUCUACUUCUUUGGAUCAUCUUCAAGUAUCGACCGAAGGACCGUACGAACCCGCAUCGUUUCAUUUCCUAAGCCGCGAGUCAUUGGUGAUGAUUAGUGGAGGAAGUGGGAUUACUCCGUUCAUCUCAGUAAUACGCGAAAUAAUAUUCAGAAGCACACAAUCGAACAAGAAAGUUCCGAAAGUAUUACUAGUGUCCGCUUUCAAGAACACAACCGAUUUAACCAUGCUCGAUCUCUUGCUUCCUCUGUCCGGCAUUCCUACAGACAUCUCCAAAUUGCAAAUUCAGAUAGAAGCGUACGUUACUCAAGAACACGAACGGCCACUAAAAGAUUCCAAGAAUCAAAUUCAGACAAAACUUUUCAAGCCGAAUCCAUCGGAUUCGCCCAUAUCAGCAGUUCUAGGCGAAAACAGCUGGCUAUGGCUCGGCGCAAUAAUUUCAUCUUCAUUCGUCAUGUUUUUACUGCUAUUGGGAUUCGUGACCCGUUACCAAAUAUAUCCGGUGGAGCAGAGGAAAGAGAAUUACCAUUACAGCUACAAGAUUCUUUGGGACAUGUUUCUUGUAUGUGCCAGUAUCUUCGUAGCAACUAGUGCCGUUUUUCUAUGGCAGAAGAGGCAAAUAUCUGCCGAUCAAAAGCAAAUUAAGAAUGUGGAUUUUCAGACACCGACGAAAAUGUCGCCUUCUUCGUGGCUAAGUCCGUCGGAUAUCGAACUCGAGAGCCUCCCGUGUCAGUCUCUUGUUCAAUCCACUACAGUUCAUUACGGCGCACGCCCUGAUUUGAAGAGGAUACUUGCCGACUGCAAAGGAUCGGAUGUUGGAGUUCUCGUUUCGGGCCCUAAAAGUAUGCGCCACGAAGUAGCCAAAAUGUGUUCGUCCGGUUCUGCUAAAAACCUCUAUUUCGAAUCCAUCAGCUUCAAUUGGUGAUGCAUGCAUGUAGUAUAUAUAUUAUGUACUUUUGGAUUGUUCGUCGUGAUUUCGUCUCCUCGGAAGAUUUUAUCCGUCUAAAGACACGAGGGAUUUUGGAUUCAAUCCCGCCCUCGUUUAAAUCUUCGAAAAAAAAAGAGGACAAAUCAGAUGUAGAUGUGUGUUCAUUUGUUUGUGCUUGUUUUUUCAUUAUAUUCCCAAGUUUGAGUUUUUGUGCAGUCCCAUAAAAAAAACUGUAUAAAGUUGUAAGAACUUACAGAUUUCUAUUGAGUUUCGAAUUUUAAAUAA